UUAUUCACUUUGUUUUGCAGUAGCAGAUGAUGCAUCUCAGACAGAAUCAGUCAGUAGGGCCUCAAAAGGUGCAGGUGACUCCUGGCUAUCUUCAAAUGAAGAUGAGGAACUCCAAUUUAAUUCUAAGGUUUCACAGAAGCUUAGCUUGACUAAGUUGCUAAAUACUUCCCAGCAAAGUAAAGAUAAUGAAGAAAAGUCUAACUUUGCCAAAGUCCGGAAUACAGACAAUUUGCAUCCAGUUGAAUCAGAUAUAGAUAGUGAGGAAGAAUCAGAAGAAGAUAGUUGUGAUGAAGAAGAAAUUAACAAUGAUAAUUGCUCACCUGUACAACGUUCACCACAGUCAAAGACACCAUUACUUGCUUCUCCUCAAACAGCUAUGCUUUCAUCCAGCUCAUUUAUAAAAAAUCGAUCAAAUUCUACCCUUUUUAGAGGCUACAAGCAGGACAGAUCUUCAGAAGAGGAGACAUGGCCUGUGGAAAUGUGUUCACCAAACUCCAGAGUUGCAGCAAAUCAACCUGCUAAUCUUGAUGGAGCUUCCACGUAUAGUACUCGGGCAGAAGACACUUUCCAACAAAAACAUAGAAAAGACCUGCUAUUUGAAUUGGGCUUGGAAGAGGUGGAACCUGAAGAGCAUAUAGAAUCUCCUUGGGACUCGGAGUCUACCACAGAAAGCUCACAGAAGAAAUCCAUUGGAUCACUUCAUUCAUCUGUCAAGGACCAAGCAAAAAUGCAACAUGUUCUGGCAAAUCAGAAUAAUGAAAUAGUGGAAUUGAAUACUGUGGUACAGCCAUCAUUAACAUUUGAAGAAAAUAAGCAGAAGUCAGAUCUAGUUGCAGAGCUUGGCUUAAUUGUUACAGGGGAUAUAGAAGAUGCCUCAGACUGGGACUCUUUCAGUGUUUCAGGCAAAAACGUAUCACCUAACCUGUUUAGUUCUGUGCCACAAGUGCAACCAAUUACAAAUGAUGGCAAAGCAACAUUCCACUCAGCCGAAUCAUCAAAAAGCCUCGAAAGCAAACCAAAGUCAAAUUCUGAAGAGACCACGUGUAUCCAUGGAACGUCACAGUCACCUGAUUCAUUGAAAACUAAGUUGACUGCACAUCCUUCAGUGCAAUAUCAAGGUUCUCCUGAGCCUGAACUCAAAAAUAUGACAUCAGUUAAAUUGGAAAAUAAAAAUGAAACUGAUUGGAAUUCAGAGGAAAAGGAUAUUGCCAUGGGGAAAAGGGUGCCUGUAGAACAUGAGAAUCCAAAAGUGCAAACUUCUGGCCAACAAGAGUUUGACAUGAAAAUAUCUCUAUCAGAAGAUGAAGAUGAUGAAAAAGAGAAAUAUGACUGGAAAGUGGAGAAGGUUGAAGAAAAAAAUAAACAUUUUCAAAAUCAAAGAAGAAACAAAGAUGAUAAAUUAGGCAAUUCUGAAUCAGCAGAAGAUGAGAACAGCUGGAGCAUAAAGCAGAAACUACCGCAUGAGAAAUCCAUCCAGCUGCAAAAUAACGAAAGACUUGAUUUGAAGUUGGCUAAGGAACGCGGAGCUUCAUUGAAACAGUCACAAACCAAUAUAACUUCGAAGUUGGACAAAGAAACACAAAGGGAAAAUUUUGUUAAGAAAGACAGAACAAGAAGACCUAUUUUCAAAGGACCUUUCAAGUCAUCUGCAAGUAAAAAGUUCACUAGACCAGUAAAUAUUUCUGAUGAUCUGGAUGAUCUCACACAGUCCUCUGAUACUGGUACAGAUGGAUCAGAAUCUCCUAGUUCUGCGUAUAAGAAUACUCCAUUGCUAAUUGCACAGCUGGAUACAGAGGCAAUAGACUCCAUAAGUUUACUGAAAAUUCAAAAUCUGGUUCAUGAAUAUGAGCGAGCAGUUGAACGAGAAAAGAAACGUUAUGCCUUACUUUCAGAAAAAGUAAAAUAUCUGGAGAAUGAACGAAAAGAGCUCCAUCAAGCAUUGGACAAAACUAGAGAAAUGAAAUCCAAACUGGAGUGCCAGAAAAUGGAGAGAGAUACUGACUUUAAUAGUGUCAAAUUUAGUCUGAAACAAGAGGAGGAGAAACGGAAGAUUGCAGAAAUGUUAUAUGAAAAGAGCCGUGAACAGCUUCAAAAAAAGGAGUUGCAGUACUGUGAGGAGCUGAAAGCAAAGCAAGAAUUGGAACUAAUAAUAAGAAACAUGGAAAUGGAAAGGAAAUCAUUGAUCAGCAAUAUAGAACAGGUUGUUAGACUUAUUUCAAAAUAACUAUGUAAUCAAAUAAAAAGACUCCUGAAUUUUGUCCCAGAAAACACAGAUGCAAAAGAGUUUCGAACGUGUGAAAACUAAAUUAUUACUAAAUUACGCAGGUACUUAAAGAAAAA